CGAAGCGCGGCAGCGGGGGCCCGUUUCUCAAAAAGGCAUACGUCCAGGCGUAAGUUUAGUCCGGACUAAAUCAGGGAUUAGACCUCAAAACCAGAAUAAGUUGCGUUUCACAAAAAGGCGGAAACUUAGUUGGGACUAAAUUUGGGUUUAAAUCUACGCCUGCUAAUGCACCCCUGCGAAUGUGUUCGGAAUGUUUGUAUGUAAUAAAUCCAGAGGUGCUCGAAUGAAAGUUCACGAGACAUCACCGAGAUUUGUUCAGUUCCUGUGAAAUUUCGAGCGGAAGUAUAAAUGUUCGGAUAAUAUUCUCAAAAUACCCAGUCGCCAUGCACUCCAUCCAGGUUCUCCUUUGUGUGUUCUGUGUCGCCGUGGGUUUUCAGGCAGCCCAAGCAGCUCUGGGUGGAGGGACAUGCACCAUUCCUGCCGUAGGUGCCGGUCCUGGAGCCAGCACUGUGUGUACAGCUGCCGCCAAUGGCUUCUGUCUCAUAGACCAUUUGACGGUCACAGGAGCCGUCACAGGCGUAACUUACGAUAGCGUGUGUGUCUGCUACACUGGCUACAGCGGACCGCAAUGCGCAACCGCUACCCCCACUACUACUACCACCACCACCACAUCAAACAACAACGCCAUCACUGCCCUGGUACUCGGGGGUCUGGGCGCCUAUCUGCUGUCCCAGGGUGGACAAGGAGGAUAUGGAGCUGAAACAGGAGCACAGGCCGCUCAGGAAGCUCUCUAUCUGCAACAAGCUGGAUUCGGAGUCGGCAAAUAAACGGGAAAGCAUACACUAACUCGUCAUUUUCAUGUUCCCUUCAUCUUAAUAAACAUGAAU